CAGGUGAACGUUUUUUUGAAGAUUUUAAUUCUCAUUUUUGGGAGAGACCUAGUAAGAUCACCUAUGAUACAAUCUAUCACUGUGGUGAAACCCCAUUCGACAUAUUUCAUAAUACAAAUACAUCCACCAAAAGACGUCGCCGUAACCGUACCCACCACCAUCUUAUGAAAGUGACCAGUGAAAGGAAUGAGAAUAUCAGUGAAACAGCCACCACCAAUAAUAAUCAAGAUAAUAGAAGGAAUGAGAAUACCAGUGAAACGGCCACCACCAAUAAUAAUAAUCAAGAUAAUGGAAACAAUGUAAAUAAUGUAAAUGAUGUUAUUGUUGUUAAUGAUGGAAGUGGGAAUUCAGGUCAUAAUGCGAAUGAUGUAGAUGGAAAUUUAGGCUCUUCAAGCCAUUGCUCUGCAAUAGAUAAUGCUACAUACCCAUCUUCAUCUGAGUUGGUAAAUAUUACCUCAUCCCUUAAUAUAUCUGUAUCGCAAAAUGGCAGUGAUGUUAGUAUGUUCGAUGUUAAAAGUAGUCGACCACCCUCUUACAUGGAAUCUAUAAAUGAGGAGGGGGGUUAG